GCGUGUUUCAAGCUUGCGCAAAGCUGAGUGUUCGUUUUCUUUUCUCUCGGGCUCGGGUCGUCCGUGAGUUUGAAUGGGUUCUUCAAGUCCAGAACCUGAGGAUUUUCACACCCCCCAUUACGGUCUACACUCGUGUCUCCUUACCCUUGCCCUGCAACGCUAGCAGCCGCCCACCCACCUCGUGCAUUCUGCGCCUCGGUGUACAUGCCUUCCUCGUCCCCCGCUCGUUCCUGAUUACUUGUGUUUCCGGCAUCGCCAUAUUGCUGUCAAAGGGUGUGCCCGCUGACGCUGCUUUCACCUUCAGCUGGUUACCUUGUUUCCUGUUUACGACUCGUCGACACGCGUGUGGUGGAAUUAUAUAUUCAGCGCCCUUGACUCCAGCAUCCCUUCCCAUAUCCCGCUCCAUUAAUCAUAUUUCCCUUCACAGUCAACUUGGUCUUCUUCAUUCCAAACCUUCUCUACUCAUCCCAUUACUAUGUCAAAUUCAAGAGACGAUCAUUACUUCAAUACUGCUAACAAAUCAAAUAAAACGCCUCCACUAGGCGAAUCACAAAGUAGUAGCGCGUUCUUCCAGACUGGACAGGGUCUGUUUUUCCUUGGUGUUUGAGAUUUCACACCAGACUCAACGAUUCUUUUGGGACCCCCACCCUUUAUGUUUACAGCGCCGGUCUCGUCGUAUUCUAACCCAUACACUCAACCGAGAUCCAGUCCAAACCGUUGCGAAUAUAAUCCGGCAAUCUAUAGUCAGUGGAUGCACUCAGGGAACGCCGUAGCCACCUCGCCCGCACUGACAUCUUUCGGAUAUUACGAAACACACGCCGAUGGUCGAUAUGCGACUCAAGAAUAUUACCCAACUUAUCCUUCAUCGUCCAGACCUUCUGCGACGUCUGCUGAUACCCCUGUCGCUGGCUCCAGAAAGUUACCACCAUUGAAUACAUCCUCGCCCUCUGGUAAUCGGGACGAGCGAUGGAACUCGACAUCCUAUCAGCAGUCGGCCUAUGGCCAAGUCCCUGGGAAUGCGGAUAUUCGUUCAUCAUCCGCAUCUUCGUAUCCAAAUGCAUACCCCUAUACUAGCACUACCACUUCUUCCAGUGCUUUCAGCUAUGACGUUCCUUUGACAGACAUGCGAGGUCAACAGAUUCCCCAGACCUUCACUCCUGCUCAAACAACUACCUCAUCUCAGAUGUCUCAUCCCUCGUACACACCACCUCCAGUCUCACCUACCAUCGGCUCGGAAGAACCCACCAUAAAAAAGAAACGAAAGAGAGCCGAUGCCCAACAACUCAAAAUUCUCAACGAGACUUACGCACGCACCCCUUUUCCAUCCACGGAAGACCGGUUAGCGUUAGCUAAACUAUUGGACAUGUCGGCAAGAAGUGUACAGAUAUGGUUUCAGAACAAGCGACAAUCCAUGCGACAAACCCGACAAUCGUCUUCUAACACUUUGUCCCAUCAAGGGUAUGCCCUGUCUGCUCAACCUGAUUUGUUGGGCGAGGAUCCAAUACGUAGUGGAUAUGAAACGUCAGGAGGACAUGCGCAUGUCCCCCGUUCACAAGAUCCUCACCUCUCUCCAGCAUUGUCAUCGUCUCACCGUCGGCAUACUACGAGACCGCAGGAGAGUGCUGUUGCCAUAGAAGGCCGUAAAUGGCCAGGUCGAGGUUAUUGAAACUCUUCAACGAAAGUCAUUUACAGAUUCUAUUCAAGUUGAUCUUACAAGGCAGCUAGCCUUUCUCGACAUUAUUGUAGCCUUACUAUUUUCUUUCCUUUCCUUUCCUUUUCUUUCAGCGUAUUGUUAUGAUACUUCUUAUGAUUGGACCAUUAAUUUGUGCAUUAGUCCAGUAGUUAGCAUCUAUUUCGGAAUACCAUCUUAUCUGUUCCCA